AUGAAGGCUAUUACUCCAGUCCGCCCCAAGGAUUCCUCCUCCAGCAGCAACGAUCUCACCUUGCAUUAUCUGUCGGAGCACAGUCUCAACAUCGCCCGGUGCAAGAUGGAAGAGGAGGACCUGUUUUGCCUGCAGUACGAUAUGAACGACUGCUACAGCCGACUGAAGCGCCUGGUGCCGACGAUACCGCAGGAUAAGAAAGUCAGCAAAGUGGAGAUCCUCCAGCAUGUCAUAGACUACAUCUUGGACCUGCAGCUGGCGCUGGAGACGCACCCAUCCCUCAACAAACAACCCCAGCAGCGGACCGGGACGUGCCCCCCUGCAUCCAACCCCAGCCGGACACCGCUCACGGUUCUCAACAUCGACCACCAGAGGACGUCAAUAGUAAAAAAGCCGGAUGAUUCAAUUUUAUGCCGCUGAAGGAGAUGCACUACAACGGUGUGUGCAGGCUGCACAAAGCCGCUCCAAAGCCAGCCAAACUUCACCAGGGACUCACACCCACUGGAGACACAGCCAGGAGGGGAUGUCAAACCGCUGGGAGGAAUAACACCCAAACAAACAACAACAACAACAACAAAGCUAUUUAUAUCACUUUAAAUUUCAACAGGGGUCUGUGUCAGAGCAUUCCCUGCUGGUCAUCAUGACGACUUUAUUUCCUUGAUUUGAAUAUUGAAAGGGUGAACAGUGGGAUCCGCCGCCGAGCUUUGCUGGAAAACCCUUUUUCGAUCAACAAGCAUUAUGAAAAACCGUUUGUGAAUUGUGCAUUAAAAUAGCUAAAACUCCAGUUGAAAGCUUUACUAAACAGCAAAAAUAAUUGUACAUGUUUUGGACGUCUAUUGUUUAAAAUAGAUGAUUUGUGUUGAACGGGGGGGAGGGGGGUAAUUCCCUGGGGGGGGUCUAAAGUUGUUUAAUAUUGUAAAGAAGAACAAUUCUGAGUCAAGACAAUUAAGAUUGUACAUAUAGAGAAACAAAUGUUAUAUAAAUGUAUGUGAAAGGAAAUACUUAUAUGCUCAAAAUAGACUAUUGUAAUUAUAAGAUAUUUUUAUUAAAACCUGUUUUGUUGCUCUGUAAAUAUUGUGUUUCCACUUUUGCGUCUUUAGUGGAUGAACGUGGUUAUGCUCGGCCAAUAAAAGUGCUCCCACCGUGA